AUGAUAAAAGAACUCAACCUGCAGCAUGUCAGAGAUAAGGAAGCCAUGAUUCUUCAAGAAGUGUGGCGCCACAAUCUGCACGAAGAACUCAACCUCAUAUCAGAGCUCCGCAGGUCGUGCAACUUCGUCUUCGUCGACACGGAGUUCCCGGGCUUCCUUAAGCCGGCUCCUCACCGUGCCCCGAGAGAAGACACAUACAGCGCUCUCAAGUACAACGUCGACAGGAUGAAGUUGGUGCAGGUAGGGAUCACGCUGUCCGACAGCAAGCGCUUUUUCACCUGGCAAUUCAACUUGAAAGAUUUCGAUCCUGAAGUAGACAACUGUUCGAAGGACUCCAUCGAGUUCCUGAAAAGGAACGGCAUUGAUUUCUGUAAGAACGGCAAGGAUGGGGUGAGUGCGGCCGUUCUCUCGAAAGGGCUGACGGAGAAACUAAUAAGAGGAUGCGAAGGGCUGAGGUGGGUCACUUUCCACGGUUUAUACGACCUCGCGUACCUGAUAAAGAUCGUCUACAAGAUGCCUCUGCCGGAGACGCUGAACGGUUUCUUGGGCCUUGUGCGGGAACUAUUUGGGGCGAUGGUUUUUGAUGUGAAAUACAUGGCGAAAGAAUGUGAUGCGCGUUUCGCCGAAGCAGGCUUGUUGAAGCUGUCGAGGAUGCUUGAGAUCAACUGGAAAGGGACCUCUCGUCAGGCCGGCCGUGAUAGUCUGCUGACGGCGAUGGUUUUCUGGGAGAUGAAGAAAAGGUUUGCCGAUUUCAACGAAGAAGCGCAUGCUGGGGCAUUAUAUGAGUUGGAAGAGCAUGCGAGAGACGAGUCCGUGAAUGUUGCGACGACGUCGUAUGAUCGUGUGGCUCCUGUCAGGGUUUCUAGGGGUCCAGGUUCUGUGCCGUUUGGCUAUGCUAUGCUUCCGAGUCCAAGUUCUAUGCCCCCGCAUGGUUAUCCUCCAGUAGCCGUAGGCUAUUGCCCUCCACCUUAUGGUUACUGGCUAGCUCCAGGGCCUUUUUUUUACGCUCCGCCGCAAUGA